AUGAAGUUAUUGUUAAGUCAAGAAUGUGUUGUUCCCACAACAUGCAUAUCCGAUUUGCCAGAUAUAGCACCUGCCGUUGGUACGACGACGGUACCGAAUCAAGGAUUUUACAGAGGUCAAAACGGUUCGAUACGAUGCAACGGUAGAAUAUUGGGGAGCAAUAGAACGCAUUCAACCAAUCAUCACGACACGAAUAGUUGCUCAAGCAAAGAAGAUAAUUUAGACGCGACAAAAGGUUCGUCGAAAAAAUUAUUAAAACGAGGAUGUCUGAUAGGAAUAUUCGUUAGCCUUAUAUGUACGUCGCUCGGAUUAGGAAUCGGAUUUCCUUUAUACCUUAGUUCAGGCCGUCCAGGUACUCACGAGGAAAGACUUUUAUUGGUCAAAAAAAUACUCAGGGAAGUCCCUCUCAUCGACGGACAUAACGAUUUGCCUUGGAAUAUCCGUAAAUUCGUGUACAACCAAAUACUCAGUUUUAAUUUCACGUCAGAUCUUCAGAAGGUGGAGCCUUGGUCGAGAAGUAAUUGGUCUCACACUGAUCUACCAAGACUUCGAGCCGGAUUAAUGGGAGCUCAGUUUUGGUCAGCUUACGUGCCUUGUGAAGCUCAAGGUUUGGAUGCAGUUCAAUUAACUUUAGAUCAAGUUGACGUCAUAAGAAGACUGACGGAUUUAUAUUCGGACCAUUUAACGUUUGUCACGACGGUUAAAGGAGUCGAAGAAGCUCAUCGUAAUGGUAAAAUAGCGAGUCUCAUCGGUAUCGAAGGGGGCCACAGUUUGGGUAACAGUUUAGCCGUUCUCAGAUCUUUGUACAACUUAGGGGCCAGAUAUUUAACAAUAACACAUUCUUGCGACACUGCCUGGGCAGACUGUUGUUUGAGUGAUCCGCCAGUUUACAAUUUGGGAGAAUCUCAUUUACCUCAUAAACCGGGUCUUUCCGAAUUCGGAAAGUUGGUAGUACGUGAAAUGAACAGAUUAGGCAUGAUGAUUGAUUUAUCACACGCAUCUGUUAAAACAAUGAAAGAUGCAUUGGCUACAAGUCAAGCGCCCAUUAUAUUUUCACAUUCAUCAGCACACGCGUUGUGUAAUUCAUCUGGUAACGUACCAGACGACAUUCUUAAAUUAGUGGCCUUAAACGGUGGUUUAGUCAUGGUUAGUUUUUACAAUUAUUUUAUCACGUGUACCGAUUAUGCAACAUUGGAUGAUGUUGUCGCGCACAUAAAUCACAUAAAAACAAUCGCCGGCAUCGAUCACGUGGGUAUCGGUGCAGGUUUCGAUGGUAUUAACCACACUCCCGAGGGUUUGGAAGACGUAUCGAAAUAUCCAAAUUUACUCGCGACACUUUUAGAAGAUCCAAAAUGGUCGGAAGAAGAUGUUAAAAAAUUAGCUGGAUUAAAUUUAUUAAGAGUUUUUUCACAAGUUGAAGAGGUAAAAGAAAAAUGGCGACUUGCUGCCGUUAGACCCGUUGAAGAGCUUAUACCUGGAGUUUAUCUCGAAGGAAGGACGGAUUGCAUGUAUUUGGGUUCUUGA